AUGUUCUCCCGCACUCUCGCUCUCACCAUCUCUGCCCUGCCCCUUCUUGCGGUCGCCACCCCCCUCGAAGCCCGUCAGGAUUGCUCCACCGGGGCUCUCCAGUGCUGUGACAGCACUGAGACGGCUGGCUCCGCCGCGGGCGCUGCCCUCCUCGGUCUUCUGGGCAUCGUCGUCCAGGACGUGAAUGUUCUCCUGGGAGUCAACUGCUCUCCGAUCACCGUCAUUGGCGUCGGCGCGGGUAGUUCGUGCAGCGCCCAAGCCGUAUGCUGCGAGGACGACAGCCACGGAGGUCUCGUUUCCAUCGGUUGCGUGCCCGUGACCCUUUAA